CCCUUUUCCCCCAUAACCUCAACUUCUCCACCUUUCUUCUUUCUCCUUUCUUUUCUUUCCUUUUUUCUUUUUCACUUUCAGUCAUCUCUUUCUUCUUUCUUAUCUCUCUCUCUCUCUCUCUCUCUCUCUCUCUCUCUCUCUCUCUCUAUAAUCUCUCUCUGUUUUUGUUUUCUUCUGCAAGGAGCUCUGAACCCACCACACAACUUCAACCAAACCUGAAAUUGAGAGUACCCAUCAUUUUCUUUGCCACUUAAAACCCUCAUAAAUCCAUCUAAAUUCUUCUUCCAUUGGACUAUAUAACUUCCUUCCAUCCGAUCCGAUCCUAUUCGUCAACGCACCAAACAUUUUUCACACAAAUUAUGGAACAGAACAUCGCACCCCCUGUUCUUGAAGAAUCCCAGAUUGUUUUGCCUCCUGGAUUUCGAUUUCACCCAACUGAUGAAGAACUUAUCUCUCACUAUCUAUGUAAGAAAGUGGUGGACUCCAAUUUCUGUUGCAAACCCAUUGGAGAGGUCGAUCUCAAUAAGUCUGAGCCUUGGGAUUUACCCUGGAAAGCAAAAAUGGGGGAAAGGGAAUGGUACUUCUUUUGUUUAAGGGAUAGGAAGUAUCCAACUGGAUUGAGAACAAACAGAGCUACUGAAUCAGGAUAUUGGAAAGCCACUGGAAAAGAUAAAGAGAUUUAUAGAGGAAAAAUUCUUGUGGGUAUGAAGAAAACUCUUGUUUUCUAUGGUGGAAGAGCUCCAAAAGGUGAAAAAUCCAACUGGGUUAUGCAUGAAUUCAGACUAGAAGGGAAAGCCUCUGUUAUCAAUCUCCCUAACACAGCAAAGAAUGAAUGGGUGAUUUCGAGGGUGUUUCAGAAGAGUUGUGGAGGGAAAAAAGUUCACAUUUCUGGGUUAGUUAAAUUGGGUUCCUGUUCUUCUGAUUUGCCGCCAUUGAAGGAUUCUUCUUCUUCAUCAUCAUCAUUUAAGAUCAAACCAGUUUCUGAAUUGGCUCACGUGCCCUGCUUCUCCAACACCAUGGAUUCUACUCAAAGAACCUUACCUAAAAUCAAUGAUUGUUCUUUCAAUUUCUCUUCCUUUUUCCCCACAAUUUUCCCAAGAAACACACAGCCCACUUCAUUACUCAAUCCCCAAUCCAUCUCUUUCCCUUUAAAUUUACAGUUCCAAAACAUGGCUCGAACAGAAGGGGAUGGAAGAAUCAGUGUCUCUCAAGAAACAGGGCUAACUACUGAUAUAAACAAUGAAAUCUCUUCUGUUGUUUCCAAUGUCGAAAUGGGUCGAUUACCAUUUGAAAAUCAACACAAUCCUUCUGCUUCAACCGUGCCAUUGAUGAACCCACCCAUGGUGUGGAAUUACUAAAGAAAUUCGAAAAGGUGGCUGCCUUUCAAUAGAUGAAUUAUGUAUAAAUGGGUUUUUUUUUUUUUUUCCCUUUUCUUUUCUUUCUUCUUUGGAGUUCGUUUGUUGGUGUGAAAGUGAGGUUGAAGCCGUACUUUAAUGGCUUCCGUAGCCAUUGAAGAUGUUAUAUUGAGAUUAUUGUUAAAGAAGCUGAAUGAAUAUCAAUAUGAUAUGAUAAGGAUAAUGGAUGGUCUCUGUCUCCAUCUUCUUUCUUUUUCACAAACAAAAGUAUGUGAUCAUUCGCUUUCA